AUGUCUGAUCAAGGGAGCCCCGCGAGGGUCCCUGACGGACAACCAGACCCGGUCCUUGUUGGACCGGGACUUACAGCUUUAAAGGAUGAAGCCUACAAAGCUGCGACCAAUGCUACGCCAAGCUUGCCGACCGAUAAGAAACACCAGAUGGAUAGUGAUGUGCCUUCGUACUUUGCUAGCAUCCCGGGCGUGAACACCGAGGCACUGGACCCCUCGGAUAAGACUCCACCACCAAGGAGAAGGAAGAUGUCCUCAGGACAGGAUCUUCUGCGCCGAUUGAGUCUUACUGGAGACGCAUCGCCAAUGUCGCCGGAGCUAGACCCCCGCGCGCAGCAUCCAGGGCUGAAGCUGAGCGGUCGAUUGAUCAGUGUGGCCUUUUGUAUGCCGUACAAGCUUUACCAUCAAGCUGGGUCAGACUGGGAGCUCAAGCCACGAUCCGGAACCUCGGCCCUUUUCGAUUCAUUCGCUCAUCUAGCUUCCGACGAGACUCAAUGGUCCCAUACUCUAGUGGGGUGGACGGGAGAAGUCGAGCCCGUGUCUGAUACCAAGAUUCCUCUACAGCAAAUCCCGGUGAACGCGGCAACCAAGCUUCCGGCUAGUGCCAGCCCUGCCAGCGGAAUCCCACUCAACAAGGCCGCGGCGCCAGUUCCCGUAAAUGCGAGCCAGAAACCACCCUCGCACCCACUGAUCGAUGGAAUCAGUGUUGAGAAACAGGAUCGGGAACGACUCGAUCAACAGUUGUCCUCGGGACGUUAUGGCCGGAUCUUGCCAGUCUGGCUAUCCGACGAGUCAGAGGAGCCGGAAGAUACCAUCCUCCUCAAGGAUCAAGGAAGGUGGCGCCGAUAUGCAGAGAGAGAACUAUACCCUCUUCUGCACUACAAGCAACAUGGCCCAACGGACGGUCGUUCGGAGCAGCGAUGGUGGGCCGAUUAUAUCCGUUUGAAUCAACUCUUCGCGGACCGCAUCGCGGCAGACUACCAAGAAGGAGACGUGGUAUGGAUUCAUGAUUACCAUCUUUUCCUGCUGCCCAGCCUACUACGACAGCGCAUCCCAAAUAUCUAUAUCGGCUUCUUCUUGCACUCGCCGUUCCCCAGUAGCGAGUUCGUCCGGUGUCUUGCCAAGCGCAAGGAAGUCUUGACGGGAGUCCUUGGUGCCAACAUGAUUGGUUUCCAAACCUUUUCCUAUUCGCGCCACUUUUCUUCGUGCUGCACUCGUGUCUUGGGAUUUGAGUCGAACUCGGCUGGAGUGGACGCGUAUGGUGCGCACGUUGCCGUGGAUGUUUUCCCAAUUGGAAUUGAUGCUCGGGCGAUACAUAAGGCGGCCUUUGGGGCGCCGGAUCUAGAGAAGACUGUGCUGGGCAUUCGGAAACUGUAUGCUGGGAAGAAGAUCAUCGUUGGUCGUGACCGUCUGGACAGUGUUCGCGGUGUUGCCCAGAAGUUGCAAGCGUUUGAGAUCUUCUUGGAGAGAUACCCUGAAUGGCGGGACAAGGUGGUUCUCAUUCAAGUGACGAGUCCAACCAGUGUGGAGGAAGAGAAAGAAGAUCCCGAGAACAAAAUUGCUGGUCAAAUUGCCAAUCUUGUCUCCACGAUUAAUGGUCGCUUCGGGUCGCUUAGCUUCUCUCCGGUUCAGUACUACCCGCAGUAUCUGUCCCAACGGGAAUACUUUGCUCUUCUACGUGUCGCUGACGUGGGAUUGAUCACCACCGUCCGCGAUGGUAUGAACACUACGAGUUUGGAGUACAUUGUUUGCCAACAGAACAACCACAGCCCCCUCAUCCUCUCGGAAUUCUCGGGCACUGCGGGCACACUGCCCAGUGCUAUUCACAUCAACCCCUGGGACUUAGUGGGUGUUGCCGGCGCUAUUGACAAAGCUCUCAAGAUGCCUGCCGACCAGCGAAAGGACCAGCACUUGAAGCUGUACAAGCAUGUAAUCACCAAUACCGUCAGCACAUGGUCCCGACUGUUCCUCCACCGUCUCCUCACCAACCUCUCCUCCUUUGACCAGUCCGUCGCCACACCUGCUCUGGAUCGCGGGAAAUUGUUGAAGCAGUACCGCAAAGCCCGGAGACGAUUAUUCAUGUUUGACUAUGAUGGUACCCUUACGCCAAUUGUGAAGGACCCGCAGGCCGCUAUCCCGUCGGACCGUGUCCUCCGCACACUGAAGAGCUUGUCUGCAGACCCGCGAAAUGCCGUCUGGAUUAUUAGUGGACGAGACCAAGCCUUUUUGGACGAAUGGAUGGGCCACCUCCCGGAGCUGGGUCUCAGUGCUGAACAUGGGUGUUUCAUCCGCAAGCCCCGGUCCGAUGACUGGGAGAACCUUGCUGAGAGAUCCAACAUGGCCUGGCAGAAAGAAGUGAUUGAGGUGUUCCAGCAUUACACCGAACGCACCCAGGGUUCAUUUAUUGAGCGCAAGCGUGUAGCACUGACAUGGCACUACCGUCGGGCCGACCCAGAGUACGGAGCCUUCCAAGCUCGUGAAUGCCGCAAGGCUCUUGAGGAUACUGUUGCUAAGCGCUGGGAUGUGGAGGUCAUGGCUGGUAAAGCCAACCUGGAGGUGCGGCCGACGUUUGUCAACAAGGGAUUCAUUGCGACUCGGUUGGUUAAUGAGUAUGGUACGGAGCCGGGCAAAGCACCGGACUUUAUCCUGUGCUUAGGCGACGACUUUACCGACGAAGACAUGUUCCGUGCCCUUCAAAAGUUUGACCUGCCCCAAGACCAUGUCUACUCGGUGACAGUUGGCGCCAGCUCAAAGCAGACCGAUGCUAGCUGGCAUCUGCUCGAGCCGGCAGACGUCAUCAGUGCGCUGCAAAUGCUUAAUAGCAACUCUCACCAGGAUCACUAA